ACUUAAUUUCGUAGUGUAUUUGUCAGGAAGACGUGAGACCUGAAACAAGGCAUAAAACACGACGCACAGCAAAAAAUGGCAACUCGCCCAAAGAAACGAGGUGGCAAUUCAACUGAUUCAGGCAAAGACAGACAUUCAAGAGAGAUGCAGGAAUCUAAAUUAUCUACAUGCUCAGAGUUUCAACAUUCUAUUUCUGGUCACUCUGAUGGUAAUGGGAAAGCAAAACAAAAGACUCAACAACCCGGUAAGAAGAAUAACUCAGCAUCUACGGUCAGUGGCACAGAUAUCCAUGUAAAAACUACGAGUGAAUUCCUUGUUAAAUGCAGUGCAAAGAAUAAAAAGGAGGAGAUACUCCAACAUACAGCAAGUGGACAAAAUGAAACCAAACCAAGUGUGAGUAUGAAAGCAAAGGAGACUACCUCUAAAAGCUGCAGAAGAACAAAAUCAGUGGAACAAAAUGAUCCUGGAAUAUCUCUGGAUCAAUUGGACAAUGGUCAUUUCCAUCCAAAGGCGCCAAAGGAGACUAACUUUAAUCAGGGGAGAAGAUCAAAAACAACAGAACUACAUGAUCUGGAUGCAAAAACUAGGAUAGACCACUGCAUGGAAAAAAAUGUCCCCAAAAGAAGAGAUAGCAAAAUAAAUGAGAAUGAAGACACGUAUAACUCUGCCAGAGAUAGAGAUGAGAUUAUAAGCCAAGCAAGCAGAAGAGACAGUUUGCCAAACUCCAACCUUUCCAAGCACUUGAAAAAUGCAGUGGAAAGUUUGAGAAUGAAGAUGGGUGACAUCUCCAAAGCAGCAGAGAAAGUUAACAAGAUCAUAGAGUUAAUGAUCGAGUCUACUAAAAGCCACCCUCUAUUUAAGAGCAUGAAAAAAAUGUCAACAGGGAGUUACUACGAAGGCUUAAAGAUAUCAAACCCAAAUGAAUUUGACAUCAUGCUGAACAUUUCAUUUGAGAGUUACCACACAAUUGAGUUGACAAGUAUUGAUGAGGGUGGUGCUUUCUACACGCUAGCAUUUAAAAAGCGGAAACCAUCAGCCAUGACUCCAUACAUUGAUGGUGAAGGAAAUAUACUGGCCAAACAUAUCUUGGAUGAAUUCAGAACUCUGGUCAAAAAUGUCCUUAAACAGUCAGGUAAUCCAGCCUCCUUAGAGAGGAAAGACCCUUCAAGCCCUGCAAUUACUCUGACUAUUUUUAAUGAACCUGAGAAUAUAUCGGUGGAUCUGGUUCUUGCUCUUCAAAUACGACAAUGGCCUGAAAGUGCAAGCAAUGGAAUGAAUAUUGACGGCUGGCUUGGCACAAAGGUAAAACAAGAUUAUAGAAAAGAACCAUGCUACAUGGUAGCCAAACAGAAAGACAAAAAAGAUACAUGGCGUAUUUCCUUUUCAAAUAUUGAAAAAGAUAUAAUAAGCCAUCACGGAAGCGCAAAAACCUGCUGUGAGCGUCAAGGAUCCAUGUGCUGCAGGAAACCAUGUCUUAAACUGAUGAAGUAUAUACUGAAACAACUCAAGGAGAGAGGAAAUCGGAAAAUGAAUCAAUUUUACUCAUACCAAGCAAAGACUGCUCUACUGCAUGCAUGUGUUCAGUACCCAAAAGAUGAAGACUGGAAGCUGGAAGACCUGCAUAUCUGCUUCAAUAGAUAUGUUGAAUACUUUCAAAAAUGCCUGAAAAACUAUUCUCUUCCAAACUUUUUCAUACCUUCCCAAAACCUUUUUAGUCCAAAUGAAGUUGAUAAAGCAAGCUGCAAAUACCUUCUUGAAGAGUUAGAAAUGGAAAAGGUUAAAAACUACCCAAUAUUUCACACAUAAAGAGUAUGUAAACCCAACAUUUCACAUUUCUGAUAUGUGCCUGCUGUAUGAAAAAGAAUCCUGUUUACUUUGAAUUGCUUUUUUUGUGUGUUAGUCCUGGUGUCCCACUGCUUUCCUAUUAUAAACUGACCAUACUAAACAGAAUACACCAAGGUCAGUUCUCUAGCUGUGCUCUCUUCCAAUAAUCAGACUUGUCCCAACAUAUGCACCCACCCCCUGCACAGUCAUUCACUGGGUGCUGCCGUUUCUUCUCCCCCAACUCUUAUGCAGCUGAGAACAGGGGGAAUGUGAUCACUUAAAUAAUGGGAGCGGGGGAGCAUUUAUGUUUUUUUUUAUAUCCAUAUAAAAAUGUUUUGCCUUUCAUUUCUAUAGCAGUCCACAGGAUCUCCCAAGCUGUCACUGGAUGCUGAAGGAGAAUAAAGCUGGCCAUAGCCAGUUCGAAUCUCAUCUGGUUCAGCAGUGACCAGCUGACAUUUGAACCACGUAUGGACAGGCUGAAUGUACCCAAAUGAUCGAUAAACUUAGGUACACAACCAGACUAUCAGAUUUUACAGCUAUUAUAGCCGCUAGCAGUAAUCACCAUAUUCCUCCACUUGGAGUUCACAAUGAAGAACUAAACAGUCAAUGUUAAUGGGAGAAUCAAGAGAUUCUUUUUUUCCUGCAACCAGUGCUUGCAGGAAAGAAAAUUGCUUCAUCUAUGGCCGGUUUAACUCCUUGGUUUGCAGCCACUGAGAAUUAAAAGUCCUCCUUGGGCUCACACAGGGCCUACAGAACUUAAAUAAACAGUGGGCAGCAGUAUGCAUACAUAGCUUCUCAGCCUAAGGCUCCAUACAGACUGGGUUUAAAAAAACACCCUUGGCAGAAAAAACAGGUCUUUUGCUGUGGCUAAUCGCCGAGCUUAAAAUAUGCCUAUCAUCGGCCUAAUAUGCAUGGACACAUUGGAUAAUAUUGAGCUGCUUCUACAGGCAGAACUCCUGUAAAAGCAGUGAUUUUUAAGCCAGUGUGCAUGGACCCUAAAGCCUAGUACACACAGGCCAAUAGUGGGGGUAAUCAGCCUGUGUAUGGCAGCCGGUCUGACAGAAGCCAGCUGCUGUUGGAUGAGCAUGCCGGAAAACCAGCAGCCGACUGGCUCCAGAUUGGCUGAGAGCGCUCCACUGUCAGAACACAAUAGCUCAGUGGGAAAGAUCACUCUACUAAUGUCAGAGCGUUCGUACAGUGGCUCCAAACGCAGCUGUCAGUUUGUUUGUUUUUACCAUUAAACCCACUGGGAUCAAGGGAUUUUUUUUUGUUUUCAAGAUCUUUUUAUUGAUUUUCUAAACAUUAUUACACAAUACACAUACAAUUUUCUCAAUAUCUAUACACGUUAUUCUAUUCAACUGACCAUAUUUUAUAUUUGGGGACUGAUAGCUCUCACUUUCCUCUUCAUUCUUUCCCUUAUCAGAUUGUUAGGCUCCCUUUAAAAUUCCUUUAUUUCUCAUUCAUUCAUAUGAACAUUCGAACACAAAAAAAAAAAUAAUAAUAAGAGUUUUCCCCUAUGUUCCCCUUUAUAGAUAUUUUAUUAAGUUCACUGAGGACCGGAAUUCAUCUCAUUGUUGCCACAUUUUUGGCAUUCGAUUUUUUACAAACCCUUCAUCCCUUAUCUGUCUUUCCAUAUGUUGUAUUUCGUUCAUUUACAUACCCAUUCCAUUAUUGUUGGGGUUUAUGUCUUGUUCCAUCUAUGGGCUAUUAUUGUUCUGGCCGCUGUUAUCAUAUGAUGAAAGAUAUCUGAUUUUAUAGUUUUUAUUGAUCUUGAUGUUAUAGAUAAUAUUAUAACCUUAUAUUUGGUUGAAUCUCUUACUCCUGACACUAUAUAUUUUUAGUAUCCUGCUCCAAAAAUUCCUCACCAGUCUACAUACCAAAUAUGUGCCAUUGUUCCCCUAUCUCCAGCAUGUUUCUGUAUUCUCUUUAUUUUGUUCAGAGCUACUGGACUCCAAAACCACCUCAUCAAAAUGUUAUAGUUUCUUUCUUGAUGUUUUACUACUACUGAUGUUUUAUGUCUUAUUAACAUUGCCUUCUCCCAUUCUAUCAGCAAUAUUGAAAUCUCUUCCUCUUCUUCCCAUUUUCUCAUAUAUAUCAAUUCAUUAAUAGGUCCUGAGGGAAGUAAUAGUCUUUGGAAAAGCUUUUACUCGCUUUUUGAUCUUCAAUUAGUAAAUGUUCAAAAUCGGUUAAGGGUCUAUUUAAUACUGAUAAGGGAUGUUUUUUUUUUUUUGUGGAAACUUGCCAUAUGUUUAAGUUACUUUGCACAUUCUCUCUCCUACUGCAGGAGAUAUCAUUUCAAAUUGGAAAAAAAAAAAAUUUUCACAAAAAGGUAUACUUUUCCCCUGCACUCAUUUUUUUUUUUUUUUUUUUUAUUGCAGUUGAAUAAACUAGACCUAUGCUCUUUUUUUUUUUAACUUUGUGAUCUGCACUUGGAGUACACAGAACCAAACGUUUCUUUAGGUAAACAAAAUUGACCAUUCAAUGUGCUGUCUGCAUCUUGUCAUCUCUGAAUUGGAAAAGAUACUUAAAACUACAAUAUUUUGAUCAGAGUUCUUCUAUACCAUUUCAUCCAACCUACUUCCAUUAUUAUCCAAUCUUUUUGUGAAAGAAAAAAUAAAAUAAAAUCAGGUUUACUAUUUACA